GGUUGAUAGCAAUUGGGUGGAAUUAGUUUAAUUGUGACUCAAAUAUAUUCAAUAAAAAAAUUACUUUAAUUGAAAACCAUAGUUGUAAGGUUUGGAUAAAAGUGUAUUCCUAGUUUAUUAAACAAUAAUUCUGGAUCCUAAAUAUGGCCAUGUGGACAACUUUUACCAACACAGGCGCCUCGGAUCCUAGUAGAGAGUCAGGUUUAGGAAGUGAUUCAGAUAAUAUGGCUGAACUAGCACAAUUAUUGCAAGCGGACAUUCCAGAAGGUCGUAAUAGCUUAUCUGAUAGUCAUGUGAAUUUAGAACGUGUGGCAGAAUAUUGUGAGGGAAAUUAUUUUCAAGCUGAAAAUAAAAGAAUAGCACUAGAAGAAACAAAAAAUUAUACUACUCAGUCUUUAGCUAGUGUAGCUUAUCAAAUUAAUACACUUGCAUUUAAUUUUUUGCAAUUACUCGAUCUCCAAACUGUUCAGCUGUCUGAAAUGGAAAGCCAAAUAAAUCACAUUGCUCAAAAUGUAAUGAUACAUAAAGAAAAAGUAGCUAGAAGAGAAAUUGGUGUGUUAACAGCUAACAAAACUACUAAUCGUCAAUAUAAAAUUAUUGCACCAGCUAAUCCUGAAAAACCUAUUAAAUAUGUUAGAAAACCUAUUGAUUUUACAGCACUUGAUGAUAUUGGUCAUGGUAUUCGUAAUACCCCACGACAAACACGCCAACUAAUUUCAAACAAUUCAAAUCCAUCCAUAAAUAUGUCAACUGUAGGUCCAGCUCCUACUAUAAAACCACCUACACCACCAGCAGUUAUACGAAGUACAGGAACAUUAAGUAAAAAUUCUCGUGAGUAUCGCACACCACCAGCUGUUGCCCCUCCUCAAGUUCCAAGUCAUUAUGCACCUAAUUACCCUAUUGGUCAUUCAAAACGUGAGAAAGGUCCUGGGUAUAAUUCUUUACCAAUGCACCAUACAUCUUCUAAUAAUAUUCAACCAGCUCCAAUAGUUGGAAUGGUACAUCCUAUGCAACAAUCAGAACAGCCUUCUUCACUGAACUCAAUGCCUCCUCCUCCUUCACCUCAUACUCUAAAUAAUUCAAGGAUAGGAGUUGGUCCAGAUUUAUUAGAUAACCAUCUACAUCAAAAUCCUACUUUUGGUUCGUCAAACGAUCAUUAUAGGUCCAACAAUACUCAACAAUUAGCAAACGAUCAUUAUCACUCAAAUGCAUCACAGCAAUCAACAACAGAUCAUUACCGUUCAAACAUGUCUCAACAGUCUUCUACAGAUCAUUAUCGUUCUAAUACAUCUCAACAAUCUUCUACUGACCAUUAUCGUUCAAACUUAUUGCAACAAUCAUCCUCUGACCAUUAUCGUGCUAAUAUGUCUCAACAGUCAUCCACAGAUCAUUAUCGAGCUAAUACUUCUCUACCUGGAAUAUUAAAAAACACUUCACAAUAUCAUUCUUCAUCUACAGUUACUGCAACCCAACAAAAUACAAGACAAGGAUCAAUAUCUCCUCCAUUGCCACCACCUCCUGAAGAUCACUUUGGUCAUAUGGCUACUAGUGCAAUUGUGCCUCAAGAACCAGAUCUUCCUGGAUGGGUUCCAAAAAAUUAUUUAGAGAAAGUCAUUGCAAUUUACGAUUAUUAUGCUGACAAAGAUGAUGAAUUAAGUUUUCAAGAAAAUGCAGUGAUUUAUGUUUUGAAGAAAAAUGAUGAUGGUUGGUGGGAAGGUGUUAUGGAUGGUAUCACAGGUCUAUUUCCUGGUAACUAUGUUGAAGGAUGCAUGUAAAAAUUUAAUUAUUAAGUAAGAUUUUUUUAAUUAAGUAUUAUUAUUAUUAUUAUUAUUACUUAAAAUAAUGUUAAGUUACUAAAAUAACAAAUAUUUUGUUAUUUUGUGUUGACAAUUUAUUCAAUCAACUACAAUGUAUAAAAAUUAAAUAAACUAUAAUUUGUUAGUAAUUAAAAUACU